CAACUUUUUUUUUUUUUGGCCAAGUUUUUGUUUCGAGCCGACGACACUUCGAUGGAGGCGUUAGCGGGAAUGGAAGCAGACAUCGAAUCGUAUUUCAAAGACCAGGAUCAGCACAGACCAUCAUCGGACGGCUGCAAACAGGUCCCCUGGCUGAGCUGGGAAGAGUGGGACUCCGUCAGAGAAUCUCUCUUCUCUUCUUCUCCUGAUAAAACCGCUUCUGCAUUGGAAAGGGUUGCAACAUGGCGAAGUAGAGGUUCCCUUCCGGAGCCUGUGGAUGUUACUUGUUCGCUUAUCGAAAUUCAACUCAAAGAUGGCUUUAUUCCGAGAGAGAAACAACCAUCAGAUGCAUUAUAUUCAGAGCAUCUGCUGCAAAUGCUAUACUGUAUGGGAAUACUCAGGCUUGUGAACUGUGUCAUAGAAAAGACAAGGAGGAGAGCAGAAGUUUCAAUUGCGGAUGCUGCUAAAGCAAUUGGUAUCCCACGUAAAUUAAUCGAUCUUCGACAUGAGGGUUCUCACCGUGAGCUCCCUGCACUCUCCGUGCUUCGGGAUGCUUCAGAUGAGGCACUUGAAUGGUUGAAAUCUUAUUAUUGGGAGCCUCAGAAGUACCAAAUUCCCUUGAAGAGAGAUGGAACGGCUAGCAUCAGAAGAGAAGUCAAAUCCAAACUCCGGAAACUUGCUUUCUGCUUCCAGCUUAAGAAGAAUCCUCAAUUUGACUCCCCUUUGGUCAAAGAAAAAUGUUCUAGUAAAAGGAUAAGGAAGAUUGUAAACAGCCUUGUUGAGUUAUACUCUUCUUUCUCCGCAGAAAUUUCAUCUGUGCUGCUUGAAUUCUUACUCAAGGCCUUGGAUUCUUCAAAGUCGGCAGAACUUCAGUCUGGCCAAGAUAUUAGGGUCUUUCUAGAUGAAUGGAAACCUGUAAUCCUGGAGUUCUCAAAUAGAGAACCCGAGUUACUUUUGACUCUACUCAAGGCAGUUCUUGAUAUGAUCCAAAAUAAUGAACGGAGAAGAUAUGAAACUGAUGUGCAUCUUACAGAAAAGUCAGCGGAAGAGGUUUCUCAAGCUGAGCAGGUCCCUUUCCUGUUUGCAUGGCUGGUGGGUCUUAUCAGUGGGUCGAAGCAUUUUCAGAGGAACAGUUCUCUAGAAGUAAAAUCUCCAAGCAUGUUCCUUAUGGAACUUAUACGUAAAUGUCUGCUACUGGGAGCCUUAGGAUACGAGCUGGUUUUGAAAUCUGCUUUCGUACUUGCGGAGAUUGUGGGAGGGCGUGUCUUGAAAGAUAAGCUUAUAAAACUCCCUCUCCUGGAUAAAAGCGCUGCAGUUAUACCAUUGAAACAGAGUUCUACUCUUGUAACAACUCCUACGACGCUCCUUGAACAAGAGAAGAAAAUCGGUAGUGCGGGAAAGAGACUCGAGUUUGUCAAACUUCAAGUCUCAAAGAAGAGAGGAAAUAACACAGACAAAGCCAAUAGCAGAUGGAGGAAGGCGAAAACAUGGAGCCCUUGUCCAAUUGGUAUGUUGCCUCGGAUCAUUGGAUCUUCUGGACGUUUACCUAUUCUGGACUUUCAGAGUGCUCAUACCAUCUCAAAACAAACACAAAGGAACGACAAUGUCAAAAGAGGAGCCGAGUGCAAUAGUCAGCAAUUCGAGAACUCGACAUGUAAGAGAGCAAAGAAGAGUCGAGAAGAUCCUGAAUCAAACGAUAUGACAUUGGCCACACAUGAGGAAGAAGCUGAGAUGGAUAUAGAACAUGCAUAUGAGGAAACUGAAAGUGAAGCAGAAGGGAAUCUGAUGUUGAAGGAUGAAGAGGAAAUCAGAGGCUGCCUUAUGAUAGGUGGUGAAUGGAGAAGAGUCAAAGAUGGAGAGCUAUUGGGGAUGGCUUCUAAUGUUAAACUUUAUGUUUAAGUUUUUUUUUUGGAAAUGCUCACGAACUAGUACUAAGAAUAUGGAUGAUAUUGUAGUAUAACAUUCUUUUUGAUAUUUGAUCAGCUUUUACAAGUAAAA